AUCACAUUUAACUGAUGACGACGUUUAAAGUUCCCAGGAGUGGGAGGCCUGGACACUCGGACUAGCUGGCCUCGUUGGUGGUUAGCCAUUAAUCAGAAUAAGGCUACAACAACUACCGCAUUCUGUUUCGAACAGUCUUCCUGUCCUGAGACCGGAUUUGCUGAUUUUCUCUUGUUUUGACUAGAUCUUGAUAUCAAGUAACAAAGACAGCUUGUCUGAACGCCAGAUCAGUAUCAUCUGCGGAUAUGGGAAGUGUCAAAAAACAAACUCGUCACGUCGACGUUUUGAUAGUUGGGGGCGGACCAGUGGGCCUGAUAACAGCAUUCCAACUAGCAAAGUUCGGUCAUGCUCAUUCAAUCGCCAUUAUCGAGAAGCACCCCAAGUCCGCUCAAGACCAGUACGGAAGAGCUAUCACUUUGUAUCCCAGAUCCAGUGAACUUCUAGACGGACUCGGUCUUGCUGACGAGCUCGCUCAAGACUGUUUUGCCUGUCGCAAAACUGUCAGCUAUGACCCAAACGGUGUUGAGGUUUCAGGACGAGGCUGGUCUUUCAUGGAGGAUAUGAAAGAUACGCAAUGGGACUUUGCACUAGUAUUGAGACAGAAAUAUCAAGAAAACAUCUUCAGGAGAAGAUUAAAAGAGUUUGGAGUGAGCUUAGAAUCUCCUGUUGAGUUGGCGGACGUGAAGGUGGACGAGUCAGUACCCCAAGCUGGAUACAAAAUUACGGCCAAGACCAGAGAUGGAGUGACUGGGGUGGAGGCAACUAUUAUGUGCAAGUACUUGAUUGGUGCAGAUGACGGCAGGUCAUUUGUACGACGAGCUCUUGAGAUCCCAUUCGAUGGGAGUACGUCCGAGGACAAAUGGGUCCGAAUCGACGGCGUAAUUGAAACAGAUAUGCCCAAGUCCAGAGUUUACGGCGCCAUCGAGUCACCAACGCAUGGCAACGUAUUGUGGGCAGCCCUGGAUCACGGAGCAACUCGCAUAGGGUUUGCCUUCACAGCAGAUCGUCAAAAAGCGUAUGCAGUAUUCAAUGAGGAAGCUGCUGUCGCUGAAGCAAUUGCUUCGGUGAAGCCAUUCUGUCUGAAGUUCAACCAAGUAGAUUGGUGGACUAUCUAUUCCGUCGGGCAAAGAAUUGCUCGGAGUUUCCUUACCAAAGGCUGCGUUUUUCUCGCUGGAGAUGCUUGUCACACGCACUCAUCGGGAGCUGCGCAAGGUAUGAAUGCAGGAAUUCACGAUGCUUGUAACCUGGGUUGGAAACUGUCCUUGGUGCUUGAUGGUGUUGCCCCACACUCGCUCCUGGAAACUUAUGAGAGUGAGAGGCUACCGAAUGUUCAGAAAUUGAUCAACUAUGACAAAGAUAUCUCGAGGUUGAUGACCAUGCAAUUGCCAAUUAGUUGGGAAGGAGAUCCUAAUGCUGACCCGAACGAGAUAUUGGGUGUUGUCAUGGAAGAAGCUUCGACUUUCACUUCGGGAUUGAGCAUCGCUUUCGAUACGAACAAAAUCAAUAUUAAAGGAUCUUUCAAGUCGAAGGCAAGUCCAGCGCCAGUUUCGCCUGGGCAACGCGGUCCUGAUGUUCCGCUCACGAAGCCAGGAACGAAUGAAGCCACACGACUUCACAGAGAGACUCCGAAUAACGCAAAAUUUCAUGUCGUUGUCUUCGUCGGAGAGCCAGAACAUACUAGAUCAUCUCUGAAGCUCGUCUCAGAAGCUUUGAGUGCGUCAGAAACACUUUGUAGGGCCUCGCUACCUGUAUCUUGGCUCACGGUCGUGGCGCGAAGUGGUCCAUCAGCUUUCGAGUUGCUUGGAAUCAUGCCAUUCGGAAAGGUAUUCUAUGACGAGAAGCAGACAGCUCAUUUGAGAUACGGUAUUGAUGUAACGGCAGGAGCUCUCCUGGUGCUGCGGCCUGAUGGUUGGAUUGCAACACUAACAACACUGGGUGCUGGAUCGGUUGAGGAGCUGGAGAGCUAUUUCCAUAAUAUCCUGCAAAUCAAAUGAGAUUACGUAGGACCUUAUCAAUGAAAUGGGG